AUGUCGGCACUCUGUGGUUGCUGUUAUUUUGUGAAUCACACAUGGCAGUAUCUGCCUCAAGUUGCCCUGAAAGCCCAUGCGACGAUCUUAUCCUCUGCUGCACGAACGAUUCUCACCCAGACAUUUACGAAUAACACAGAUCAAGACCUUCGGGAGGUCUCCUACAGAUUUCCUCUCUAUGAUGGCGUGAGUGUUGUGGGUUUCCAGUGUCGAGUCGGCGACCGACUCCUCCACAGCAAAGUGAAGUCGAAGGAGCAGGCCAACGCUGAUUACGACCAUGCACUGGAAAAUAAGCAGUCAGCAGCGAUCAUGGAGCACAUGGUUCAGGAAAACGAUGUCUUUAGCAUUCGGAUCGGUAAUGUGCAUGCCAAGGAGAUAGUCACUGUGGAUAUAACCUUCAUUGGCGAGCUCAAGCAGGACGCUCAGACCGAUGGAGUUCGCUACACACUGCCCAACUCUAUCGCACCUCGUUACUCCGAUGGUCUGAUUGCCUCUGAACAAGACUUUUCUUGGCUCUUCACUGGUAGGUCUCCGGCCCAGCUUCAAGGAAUUUCCAUCACGGUCGAUGUACAAAUGGAAAAAAAUUCUAUCAUCCGGGAAUUGCAGUCUUCAAGUCACUCGAUCAGAACGUUCUUCGGUCGGAUAUCUUCUACGCCCAAAGAUAGCUCUUCGUUUGAGCCAUCUCGUGCAUCUGCCACUCUUCAACUCGAACAGGACAACAAGCCUUUGCUAGAGCGCGACUUUGUUCUGGUUGUCAAAGCCGAUGGACUCAAUAAUCCUCGUGCAGUGCUGGAGACUCAUCCAACUCUCCCAGGACAGCGUGCGUUGAUGGCUACCAUUGUACCAAAGUUCAACCUGCCCCCUGCCCAGCCAGAAGUCGUCUUCUUGAUUGACCGAAGUGGCAGCAUGCACGACAAAAUCAGCACCCUUCAGUCCGCUCUGAAGAUUUUGUUGAAGUCCCUGCCGCUUGGGAUCUGCUUUAACAUUUGCUCAUUUGGAACGUACCAUUCCUUCCUGUGGCCAAACAGUAAAAUCUAUGACAACUCGAGCUUGCAAGAGGCUCUACUCUAUGUCGCCAGUGUGAGCGCUAACAUGAAUGGUACAGUGAUGGAGCCGGCCGUGCGGGCUGUCGUGGAAAAUCGUGUCAAGGACAAAGAUCUGGAAGUUCUCCUACUCACUGAUGGGCAGAUCAUAGAUCAGCAAUCCCUCUUCAAAUUUGUGCGUAACACCGCCGCCGACAACUCUACGCGCUUCUUUUCCCUCGGUCUUGGGGAUGCAGCCUCCCACUCCCUCAUUGAAGGGGUUGCUAGAUCUGGCAACGGAUUCUCGCAAUCAGUCCUGAAGGGCGAAGAACUUGAUCGAAAGUUGGUUAGAAUGCUGAAGGGAGCUCUCACGCCUCACAUCUACGACUAUAAGCUUCAUGUGGAGUAUGAUACCGUGGUUGGUGACGAUUUCGAGGUUGUGGAGAACAUCGAUCACCCCAUGCAGGACUCGGAGACCGAGAUUGAGGAUGAACACCCUAAAGCACAAGCCCCCGCGACACCAAUCUCUCUAUUUGAUGGCAAUUACAAGGAAUCUGACGCCGAGCUUGGAGCUACCCGGACCCCAGCUGACAUUGCUCUUCCCAAGCUGGCACCGCCUAAGGUUCUUCAGGCUCCAUACAAGAUCCCACCUCUUUACCCUUUCAUCCGGAGCACAGUCUACUUACUCCUGGACCCUCAGUCUGUCGAUUCUGUUCCCCAAUCGCUCACCUUCAGCGCCACCUCCAAACAGGGCCCACUACAGCUACGCAUCCCCAUCAGUGACUUCGGUAAGGGCGAGACCAUUCACCAACUUGCAUCUCGCAAAGCAGUCAUCGAACUCGAGGAACUACACGGCUGGCUGAAGGAUUCGAAGGACUCAAAGGGAAAUCCCUUCACGCAACUUCACUCUGAUACACAAGAACGACUCGCCAUUCGCGAAUGCCAAGCCCUGGGAGUCAAAUACCAGGUCACGGGCAAACACUGUUCCUUCGUGGCUUUGGAAGAUAGUCAUACCUCUGAGAAUGAUGACAAGAAGCAGCCAAAGGAGUUCGAAGCCGAAACUAUUCACCGGGGUGCGUACGAGCGCCAUCGUCAUCGACCGUUCGGCUCGUUCUCCGGAGGUAGUAGUGUUGCUCUGCAGUCUAGACCACAGGCGCCGAUGAUGGCUAGACGUAUCGUGCCGCAGAACACGACCGUAAAUACGACGGGAAGUCAACCUCAAUUUGGGUGCGCCUCAUUGCAAACAGGCUUUGCACCUGCUUUUGGCAGUGCAGCUUCCGCGGCACAAUCGGGAGGCCUUUUUGGUGGAGCACAGCGGAGGCCAAUUCCCCUGCCGUCUGCCAGUAGGCCACCCCCGCCACGAUCUUCAGGUAGCCUGUUUGGUCAAGCACCUCACUUAUAUCCCUCAAACGCUUGUGCUGCUGUUUCAAGUAAGCCUCGGGAACCUAUGGGCUUCAGUGCCCUUUCAACAGCCAUUGAUUCUGGCGGAGGGUUAUCAGCCGAUUUCGCUCUAGCAGCUACUCGUUUCAGCGAAAGUGCCCCUGCACCUUUCUCAGGUAGCUCAACCCCACAUAGUCCUUUCAACAGACCAGCUCCGUCUCCCGCACAGUCUCCGAGUGGCCUAUUCGGCGCUAUUCAGCCGAAUAAUGCAGAUAUUGGCACUAACCAAUCCCAAGUCUCCUCUAUGAUUGACUUGCAAACCUUCCAAGGUAAUUGGGAGCUCAACCAGGAACUCUGUACCCUUCUAGGCUGCGACCUGAACAUCGUGUACAACAAGUUUCUCGGCCUCAUUCAGAGAGAUCAUGCCACCACCGAUCUCACCAAUGCUCUCGCUACUCUUAUGGUAAUGGGAUUCCUGGAAAACAAGCAUGCUGACUCAAGAAGCGUAUGGGAGCUUGUUCAUGACAAGGCUGAGAACUGGCUAAACAAUACUCUGCCUGGGCUAGGUAUGGCUGGUGCUUUUAUUAGUGCACACAAGGCCCAAAUUGGCUCUCCGGGAUUUCUCAAGUAA